AUGAACAACUACUAUCCGUAUGGGUACUCGACGUACCCAGGGCAGCCACCUGCUCAACCUUACGCGUAUCCGACUGCACCCUCUUUCCCACCGCCAACGUAUCCCCCGCCUACAAAUAACGCGUUUGAACCUCACUCCCAACUUCCCGAUCCCUACGACCAGAGUCAAAGUAUGAUACCUGGACUCGGUUAUGCUCCGCCUCCCCAAGGUUAUGGUUGGCAGCAACCGUUGCAACCACCGCCUCACCUACCGCAGCAGCCGCCGCCGCCAAUACCCACUCCGCAGCAGUGGGUUCCGAGAGAUGAGCCCAAGCUGAUCCCCGCGUCGCAAUAUUACCCUAGAGAUGCCGUUAAGGAGGCAUCCAAGACUCGAAAUUCCGCCAGGUCUGGGCCUAACUCGCGGCAAGCGCUCAACCAAGCGACUAAGGGCAACGAAGAUACUGAGGAAGGCGAGCUCAGCGAAGGCGAAUUCAACGACUUGUACGAGCCGCGAGAUGCCAUCAUGGAUACCAGCCCUCGCCAACCAGCCAGCACCGCCCAGUUGGGUGCGGCAACCUUGGAUCAGGUUGACAAUGGCCAUGGUGCCUCUGCCGUUGUCAACUGGUAUAAUGGCUCAAAGAAUGGUGGGGUGCAAAGCCCGGCUGCUGUGGAAACUACUACACGAGAUCGAUCUGGCUCAUAUUCUCCAUAUCUUUCUCCUGGUGAAAUGCAUACACCUGUUGCCAAACACGGCCAACACACUACUUCCCAGAAGCAACAGGACCACAGUCAUGGAACGCAUUCCUCUGGGUCUGGAACCGCCCACUUAGGAGCUCAUGCGUUACCACAAGCUCGAAGGAAGGCACUAGCAGCUAUCCUUAACCUAUGGCCCCUGGAUGUCCGCUACCAACAGUACAUUGACGAAGGUAUUGACGAAGCGGUCGUCAAGGAUUUGUUUGCUCAGUUGGACUUGGAUAUCAGUAUUCCGCGUCAAUCCACUGUUCCUGGAGUCUCAGCUCAAGUACCAGGUGACUCCCAGCCAGCUGCCCAGGCGAGUACCAUGCAUUCAAGGGCGCGAGCAGCUACGGCCAUCGCAAAGCCUCCUGUGCAGGGUCAAGCGCCAGCUUCGUCGGCUAAGUCAGCUGGAGAAGAGCGAAAGGAUCGUAUCGCUCGUUUGCUGGCCGCAAAGGGUGCAAAAGCUGCCACUUCAACAUCUAGCAGCGGACCACAAGUCGAUUCAAAACCAGGGCAGGCUCCCGGUAUGAGUGACAAGGAACUUGCCCAGCAACAAAAGAUGGAUGCCCUGCAGAAGUCCCGGGAAGCUCGCGCUCAGAAGGCUGCCGUGCGUAAAGGUUCUUUGCAGGCUUCUCAGUCAAAGGAACCAUCACCAGUAUCAUCCACCCGGCCUCCUUCAGCAACAACCGAUCAUCAAGCCACUCCUUCGGCAUCCCAGCUCCCUCAACCCGCUGUACCUCAAAAACCACCAAAUCAAUCUGCUCCCGCAUCCGCAUCAUCUAUCCCCGGCCUAUUCUUGUCAGCCGCCCAAGCUGCUCCAGUCAACAAUCAACGGAAGCGUCCUGUUGCAACUGACUUCGUUUCAAGUAAUCAAACCAGCAAACGUCCUUUUGGCUAUCACCGCCAAGACAAGCCUUUCGUUAUUGAUGUUAGUGACGCAUCGGACGACGAAGACGUUGAAAUGGAGAAAGGGUCACCUACGGAUGAGCCUACACACUCUCAGCAGAUGGGCACCUCCUCUCAAAGGACCGCUUCAUUCCGUGACUUCCCGCCGCUCACAGAUGGUCGCCCCCAGCUUAGCCCUGCACCUAGCAACAUUGCUACGCCCCAGUCAGGAAUAAUCGCCGCUCAGCCCAAACAGGCGCACCUGGAAGUGAUGGACAAGCAGAUCGAAGCCAUGAAGCGGAAGAUCGCAUUGGCUGAGGCCCGUCGUAAGCUGAAGGCCGCUAUGAGUGGCCAGUCGUCUGGUUCUAAGUCGAAUGUUCAGACGCCAGACAACACCGUUGAAUCUGAUGGAGGCAAGCCAGCCAUGAGAAGGGUGCAGUCCAUGGGGGCUUCCAAUGCGUCAGAUCAGCCCAACGGGGGCUCCUCGCCUGUAGUUGCUGAAGCCAGCAGUUCUAUGCGCUUGCCCAAACCGUCCGAACAGAGAGUUGACAGUGAAUCAAGUCGUACUGAGAAACUUCGUGCCGUCAGCACGAGCCUUCCUCUUGUGGAAGGCAGACUACAAGCAAAAAAGAGCAAGUUGCGCUUGCUUCAGUCUCAGGUGGCUCGUUUGCAAAAGGAAAUCGAGGAAGAGGAUGCCGAGAAAGAGAAGUUAACGCAAGAGAUGGAACAACUCAACCAAUAUUCCGACAGCGAGUCAAGUGAGCCACAGAAUCAGCUGAAAAGCAACUCCGUGGACCCUCUUGUUUCUCAAAGGUCAACAAAACCUCAGUCUGAAGUUCAGGCUCCAGUAUCUGAUGUUGAAGCCACAAUGCUGGCCCCAGCCUCCGAUGAAGCAGGCGAUUCGGCUCCUCCCAGCGGAGAUGCUCCCAAGUCCCCCUCCCCCGUUGCGCAAAAUGACGAAGAUGCCUCCACCGUGGCACAAGUCAACAGUGCGGUUACUGGUAAAGCCGCGACGGGCCCCCCUCAAGCCCCUGAUUCUGCAAACAACGCGGUGUCCGCAACUUUUGACACGUCUGCCAGCCAGGUGACAAGCGCCGAUGAGGCAGAAGAGUUGCGGCCUGUUACAAGUUCCAGUGAUGGUCCUUCUGAUGUUGUCAUGGAUGAAACUGAGGACACCAGUUCUCAAGACGAAGAGCAGGGGUCCUCGGAAGCUUACGAGCCGCCUGAGGUCAUUGCUCCUGUAGAUGCCGCCAAAUCUCCAUCCAUCAGCCCAGUACCCGCAGGCAGUACCGUCUCGCUGGCUAAUAGUGAUGCUGACCUGCAGCAGCCAAGUUCAAGAAAUUCACCGGUUCCUGAACAGAUCUCAUUAGGUGUAAAUGAAUCAACCCCUGAGCAAGGAGUUGAUGCCGUGAGAGAAGCCCCUUCUGCUGCGCAAAGCACUGAUGAGAUUUCUUCCGGAGAUCGUUUCACUCCCUACGAGAGCCCGCUGCAAUAUUUCCGUGCUUAUCGAUAUCAUCCCAAGUAUGCUGAAACCGUCGCCGGCGGGCUUCGGUCCCUCACAUAUAGCAACAGGAUCGACCCGAAUCUACCCGUUUGCCCAGACCAGCUGGCAAGUCGGGAAUGCCCCAGAGGUGCUGACUGCAUUUACCAGCACUUCGAGGCCAUGAAGCUGCCGGGUAGGUCGCCUUCGCCCCGCAAGGACUGCUGA